CCGUCUUCCCUCCCCGGACUCGUUCCCCCACAAUCCCCCGCGCAGGCGAGGGGGUGAUGUCACGUGUGCCGCCCGGCGGCGCAUGCGCGCUGCGGGCUGUUGUUGUGGCGGCGCGGCCCGCGGCUCACCCGGCCGGGAGCGAUGAGCGACAACGAUGACAUCGAGGUGGAGAGCGAUGAGGAACAGCCGAGGUUUCAAUCCGCGGCCGACAAACGGGCUCAUCACAACGCGCUGGAGCGCAAGCGCAGGGACCACAUCAAGGACAGUUUCCACAGCCUGCGGGACUCCGUCCCCUCCCUCCAGGGAGAGAAGCAACAGGCAUCCCGGGCCCAAAUCCUGGACAAAGCCACAGAGUACAUCCAGUACAUGCGCCGGAAAAACCACACGCACCAGCAGGACAUUGACGACCUCAAAAGGCAAAACGCUCUCCUGGAGCAGCAAGUGCGCGCGCUGGAGAAGGCCCGGUCGAGCGCCCAGCUCCAAGCCAACUACCCCGCGACGGACAACAGCCUCUACACCAACCCCAAGGGCAGCGCCAUCUCCGCUUUCGACGGCGGCUCCGACUCCAGCUCCGAUUCGGAACCCGACGAGCCACAGAGCAGGAAGAAGCUGCGCAUGGAGGCCAGUUAGGCCCCCCCGGGGCCUCCCCCGCUGCUCUCGGCCGCCUGUAAGGACUCUCUUCCUUCUCUCGUAGAGGCUCUCGGACUGCAGCUUCCCAGCCCUCCCCGGCCCCUUUCCCCGCUCCAACCCCCACAGCCCCGGGGGAAGCUGGCCAGGCAGGGGCCUCGCAGCACCCAACAGACUUGGGGGGGUCGCACUAUGUCCCCGCCACCCCCCCCCUCCCCAACUAGCGAGCCCCCCUCCCCUCUAUUCUGAUUUUUUAGGAGCAUUUCUAUUUAUACCCGGGGACCACGGCAGUCCUGAGUUGAGGGGUGAGGCUGCACAGGAGCCCAGCAGCCCCCCCUGUGACCCCCUCCCAAAAGGCCAGACCCUGCGGGCAGCUGCAUACCACCCCCCCCAACAAGCCCUGACGGGGGGGUCUCGCUAUUUAUUUUCUGCGUGUGCAAUUCCACCUGCCCCCAGCACCUGCGAGAGCCGGCGGGGGGGCAGCACCCGCACCCCUCCCUCUGCAGCACUGGGCCGGGCUGGGUGGGCUGCGCGUGGGUCCUGCCCCCUCCUCCCUCCCUCCCUCCCUCGCCCCCCGACCCCUCCCCACCUCCGUGGCAUUUUCUGAACUCUAGUGUCCCCUCCCUGCCCCGUAGGUGAUCCCCCCCCUCCCCAUUUUGAUGCCAUUCAUUCCAUGGAUCUAAAGGUAUGUUGUACAUACUGCCCAGAGUUGUCUUGCAAGUUAAGGCUUCCCUUUACUAUAAGACUAUAAAUAAUAAAACAAAAAAAAAGCUUAUUUUAUCCUU